ACCAUCAGACAGGGAGACACCGCCGUGAUCCGGUGUUAUGUGGACGAUAAGGUGUCGAAGGUGGCCUGGUUGAACCGCUCGAACAUCAUCUUCGCGGGUGAGGAUAAGUGGUCUCUGGACCCGCGGGUGGAGCUGGUGACUCAGGGUCAGCUGGAGUACAGUCUGCGGAUACAGAAGGUGGAUGUGUUCGACGAGGGUCCGUAUACCUGCUCCAUCCAGACCAAACAGCAGCCCAAGACGUCACAGGUCUAUCUCAUCGUUCAAGUUCCUCCAGUCAUCUAUAAAGUUUCGGACGACAUCACUGUGAACGAGGGCAGUAACGUGACGUUGACGUGUUUGGCCAGUGGGAGGCCAGAUCCCUCCAUCACCUGGAGACUGCUCAACCCGUCAGCUGAGGCUCUGGACGUGGGCGAGUAUCUGGAGAUCUCUGGGAUCGUUCGCUCUCAGGCCGGACGUUACGAGUGUAAAGCGAGCAAUGACGUCUCCACUCCUGAUGUCAAAUACGUCAACGUGGUGGUGAACUACCCGCCGUACAUUAAGGAGGUGCGGAGCUCCGAGACGCCGGUGGGACAGACUGGAGUCCUGCACUGCGAGGCGUCUGCGGUUCCUCAGCCUGAGUUUGAGUGGUACAGAGACGAGCGCAGACUGUCCAGCUCUCAGAGCAUCAGUAUUCAGAUCAGCGGCUCUCGCACGCUGCUGGUGGUCGCUAACGUCACAGAGGACGACUACGGAAACUACACGUGUGUUGCCACCAACAGACUGGGAAUCCACAACGCCAGCGUGUUCCUCUACAAACCUGGCACUGGGCGAGACAUCAAUGCCUCAGGCUGCGUCUGUCAAUCAUUCUGGCUCCUCCUCCUGUCUGUUCUCUCGGCUCUUCUGAAGUGUUAAUGUUCAUCGCAGACACUCUGAACGCGAUCGAUCGUCUCAGACUGUUUCCAUCCGUCCAUCCACGCUCACCAUACGCCCCGGCAGGACGACCGUCUUAUUAUCAGGAAAAAAUAUGACAUGGAGAAAAGAAAGAAGGUGCUCUUUUUAAGACAAGAAUAUUGUCGUUUAACCGGUUCAAGCACUUAAUUCCAGUGACGCCCGUCUGUCUGUCGUCUGAGUGCAUGUGUGUGAUUUACCACAGAAACCCAGAGCGAAAUCAUCUAGAAAAAUGGUUCAUUUCAUUGUGUUUUCCCAUAAUACCCUGCAGCCUGUUCCCAAAUCUGCCUAAUGUAAACUAAUGAAGGAGCGCUAGAAUCACGUAAAGUCCUUUAGAUGUGGUUUAAAGCUAAUGACUAGCAGAAAGGACUGAAACACACGGUAUUUUCUGCUGAAUCUUCAUCAUGAAGAUUCUCCGAGAUCAGAUCACGUUUGAGACGCUCACGUCCGUCUGUGUUUGUGAUGAUUGAUCGGAGCAUCUUUAACAGAUGCAGAACAGACCCCGCCCCUAAACCACUUCCACAUGUGUAGCUCCGCCCACACACACACUAAACCCCUCCCAUACGUGUAGCUCCGCCCACACACACUAAACCCCUCCCACUCCUGGCAGAUCUGCAGGUGUUUCUUCAGGGUUCCUGUGAAAACCUGGAUCAUCUGAGAACUCUCUCUCUUUCGUGAAAAACUAUUGUUUUGUAGGGAAACCUGUAGAAUUCUGUGGAAUGAUUUUUACCGUGGCAAAGCGUGAGAUCCGUCCAGACCCUCGUCUUCUGCGUGUCUGUGAAAUCGUAUGAACUCUGAAUUGUACGACACCAAUGAAUGCUUGGCUUCGAUCCGCUGCUCAUCCCGUCGCGUCUGUCGUCUGUAAAUAUUCUUUUGAAUCGAAUGUCCUCACAUGGAAACGAAACGAAUCUUCGGUUCAGGUCUCUUCAUAAGUAGUUAAUUAUCUGCGGUGGCGCUUUGCUGC